ACCGUGCUCUGGAGCCUCGGCAUCACCCCCCCCCCCCAUUCAAUUUCCGUUCAGCAAUGCAAGUUGAACAAUUUGGUCUCAAACGCUCGAUUAUCGAGUUCAAAACGCCCUUUGAAAUGCCUUCUUAAAAUCGCUCUUAUUUUCAUUUGUCCCCAUCGCUAAAUCAGCCUUAUCGCGCUCGCUCGUAUUUGUUUGAUCUCGUUGUGUUCCAUUUUCAUUUUUCUCGGGACUUUCUCGGUUGACAAGAAAAUUCCUUGAAACCUCUCGAAAGCAAACAAACUCUCUGUCUUCUCUAUUCUUUCAUUUCAAUGUGUGUUUUUGAAGAAUCUCCAUUUGGAAGGCGAUAUUAAAGUGCCCUUGUUUUCCAAGCGGUUGCGCCUUGAUAUGACGUCGCGGGCGCAAUCUGUGUUUCGCGGCCGUAUCACCUGCACGCGACCCGAUGACGCACGGCGGCCACCUGAUGACGUCGCCGGCCACCUUGUUCCUGUUUGGCUCGCGAGCUGCCUGCUAGCCGACGCUAGCCGCCGUCCGAGUGGCGACAGAAAUGUGGGCGUCAUGUUGCCAUUGGCUGUGCUUGGACGAGGCGGAUAAUGAGGCGGACGGGCCCGAGCCGCAUCCUCGGUCCUACGCCAACUCGGCCUUCGGCGGCCGGCCGACUCCGCCCCCCGAGCACCAACAACACGCCUGUAAAGCUUGCGGGCGCCGCCUGGACACGCCCACCACCAAGCACGUGUGCGCCGACUGCAAAGAGAACUACUGCGGCUGCUGCUCGGCUCAGACGGAGCCCAGCCCCCGCCUGUGUCACACCUGCCGGCGUUUCCACGGCAACCUGUUGCAACGCGCCGAGCUGAUGAAACUCAAAGUCAAAGAGCUGCGGGACUACCUGCACCUGCACCGCGUCGCCACGCACCUCUGUCGAGAGAAGGAGGAGCUGGUGGAACUGAUCCUGAGUCAGCAGCCGUCUCCGGCCGAAGCCCCCGACGGCGACGCCCCGUCGCCGGCCUUGGACGGCGACGCCUCCGAUCGGACCCCCGCCGCCGACCUCCCUGACCGGACCCCGCCAGCCGGGACUCCUGAGGCCGCCCCCCUGGAUGACGACGCUUCGGAUCGGGACCAAGACCGGGACCAAGACCGGGGCCGGGACCCCGAGGAGGACGUCCGGGAAGCGGCGGGCCGCAGGGCGUCGCUGUCGGACUUGGCCGGCGAGGACGACGUGGACGCGCUGAGCGUGCGGCAGCUGAAGGAAAUUCUGGCCAGGAACUUUGUCGACUUCAAAGGCUGCUGCGAGAAGUGGGAGCUGAUGGAGAGAGUCGCUCGCCUCUACCGGGACCGCAACGCCCGCCGGGAAGAGGACGGCGCUCCGCCGGGCCCCGACGGCAACCUGUGUCGCAUCUGCAUGGACGCCGCCAUCGACUGCGUGCUGCUGGAGUGCGGCCACAUGAUCACGUGCACCAAGUGCGGCAAGCGGAUGAGCGAGUGUCCCAUCUGCCGCCAAUUCGUCAUCCGAGCCGUCCACGUCUUCAGGUCCUGACGCAGGUAGCGCGCGCGCGAGCGCUCGUACUUGGGAGGGGGGGGCUCGCGGUCAGCGUCGCAAAGGCCGGCUCCGGUUCGCGCCCCGCCGCUUGCGGCAAAACGCCUCGCCAUGCUGGACAAUGUCGCGGCGCUCGCUCCAAAGUCUUGACCGUGUCGGCCUUGCGCGCGAUGCGAGGGCGGCGUCUUUUUUGGUUUGUUUUUCUACCUGGCUUGACUUGCACAGUGACUCCUUUGCGCCCCGCACGCCGACGGACAGCUUUCCAAUAAAAACCUGUUUCUCACGGGG